AUGGCGGACCUCAGUUUUUUCCUCGGGAUAGGGUUUCGCUUCAACCCGUCGCCGGAGGAAGUGGUCGCCUUCUACCUGCCAAGGCUCAUCGCCGGCCAGCAGCCCAGCGACACGGAGGAGUGCAUCCACCGCGCCGACGUGUACGGCGCCGAGCCCAAGGACCUCGCCGCCGAGUUCGCCCCGGUCGCCAGGAGCACCAAUGGCGACCGGUUCUUCUUCACCCAGUGCAGGAGGAUCAGAGGGAGGUUCUCGCGCAAGGCCGGUGGCGGCACCUGGGUCUCGCAAUCCAGCAGGGCUAUCAAGAACCCGCAGGGGGCCAAGAUCGGGGAAUCCAAGAACUUCCGGUUCAAGAAGAAGGACGGCAAGAACACGGAUUGGUUGAUAGAGGAGUACCACGUCUGCGGCGGCGAGGAAGCCGGCGAUGUCGAGCCCGUCGUCUGCCGGAUGUACGUCUCCCCGAGGGCGCCGCAGGACUCGGCGGCGCGCCAAGAAUCCGCCGCCCAUCCGCCGCCGGUUCCGAGGCGAGGACACCCGCUCCCGCUGCGCCCAGCCCCGCCGCCGCCGCUGCCGAAUCAAGAAGCGCCCGCGGUGAUCACGCAGCCGCAGGCGGCCCAGACGAGGCCCCCGCCGGUGGCCGUGAUCAAGAAGCAGCAGGAGCCCCUGAAGAGGCCCACGCCGGUGGCGCAGCCGCCGUGUGCCAAGAAGAUGAGAGGCUCCGUCUCGGCAAUCCCGGUGGCGCCCUCACCGCCGCCACAACCGCCGUCUCGACGCGCCAUGGCGCCACCUAUCCAGACGACCUAUCCGAAGGAUCCAUUCGAGCCACCACCGUCGACGCCAUGCUCACCAGAGCCGCCUGUGCCGCCUCCGAUUCUUGAACCACCCGCAGCUCUCAGCAAUGGCGAUGCCAAGAACCUACACGACGAGUUCUUGAGAUCAUUGGACGAGGAGAUCUUGCGCAGUCAGGGAGAACAAGAGAUGAACCAAAAGCAGCUAAACGACGACGCGUCUUCGCACAAUCACUGGAGCGAGGAAGACCUCGACGACCUCAAGAAACUACUGGGACCUGAGCUCGACCAAGCUGACGGCGCCAACGAAAUCAUCAGUGCAGACGACAAGACCGACGACGAGCUCAUGGAUGAGUUCACGAAAUCCCUGGAAGACGAGCUAGAGGAGGCUGACGGCGGUGACGAGCCACAAAAGGCACUUGAUAGCGUGGAUCUAGGCAUGCUCUGUCGUUCCACACAAGAAGAAGACGAAGACAAAGAAGAGAAGGAGAUGCAGGAGGCGUUUGAUGUGCUUGACAGUAUCGAUGCUGAUGGAUUGGAUGAGGAGUAUCUCAAGAUCCCGUUGAAGGACUACGAAGACAAGCUCUUCAUGUAG